AGAGCCAGUUCCAACCCCGGUAUCGCCGCAGAGCCCGCGCAGAGUCUGCAGAAGUGCACGGCUUUAUCGACAGCACUUGAAGCAUGGAGUCUCCUCGCGGGUACACCAACAGUGAUAUUGGCUACCGCAGCCUGGCAGUCGGCGAGGACAUAGAGGAAGUGAAUGAUGAGAAACUUACCGUGACCUCGCUGAUGGCAAAGGGAGGAGCGGACGAGGAGAAUGCACGGUCCGAACCUGAGUACGGAGCAGAAGCAGAAAACGUUGGCAUGGUGGGGUUCGUCCCCUCGGACGACCAAGACCGUGAGGGUGGCGGUGGCCACGAGCCGGAGCAACAGCAGGAGGAGCCGCCCCUGCCCGAGCCGGAGCAACAGCAGGAGGAGCCGCCCCUGCUCGAGCUGAAGCCAGAGCAGGAGGAGCCGCCCCAGGCGACCGUGGAAGGGCCACAGCCGGCGGAGGGGCCACAAACCGCUGAGGGGCCACAGCCCCCAGAGAGGAAACGCCGCCGCCGCACCGCGUUCACCCAGUAUCAGCUGCAGGAGCUGGAGAAGUUUUUCGAUGAAGCUCAAUACCCCGACGUUGUGGCGCGAGAAAGACUUGCAGCACGCCUGAAUUUGACUGAAGACAGAGUGCAGGUUUGGUUUCAGAACAGAAGAGCCAAGUGGAAACGAAAUCAGAGGGUGCUCAUGUUGAGAAACAUUGCUGCCACCGCCCUGGCCCGCCCUGCGGAGGUGUUCUUGGGUGGCCCCUAUAAUGCCACUCCUCUGGAUCCUGCUUUGUGUGUUCAUCUGGUGCCACAACUACCAACACCACCUGUGCCACCUAUGCCACCCAGGCCACCCAUGGUCCCUAUGCAACCCAGGCCACCCAUGGCACCUAUGCCACCCAUGGCACCUGGGCCACCCAGGCCAUCCAUGGCGCCUAUGCCACCCAGGCCACCUGUGGUCCCUAUGCAACCCAGGCCGCCCAUGGUGCAUAUGCCACCCAGGCCACCCAUGGCACCUGUGCCACCCGGGCCACCCAUGGCACCUGGGCCACCCGGGCCAUCCAUGGCGCCUAUGCCACCCAGGCCACCUGUGGUCCCUAUGCAACCCAGGCCACCCAUGGUGCAUAUGCCACCCAGGCCACCCAUGGCACCUGUGCCACCCAGGCCACCUAUGGCGCCUAUGCCACCCAGGCCACCUGUGCCUCGUAUUGGCCUGGCUCCUGUACGCAUCACAUGGGCCCCUGUCAUGAAUAGUUAUUAUACAGGUCCCUUUUUCUAAAGUAAGGUCUUCAUGACAGUUUUUCCAAAGUUCUUUCCUGCCAGAUAGAAAUUGUGCACAGCACAGCGUCAAGUUAUUGGUUAGAUACUUGUUAAAUGAGAUGGAUAGAUGAACAAAGUUAACGAAUGCCCUGUUAUUUUUGUAGCCACAUGAUUGUAGGAUUUUCAAUAAAGAUGUGACUU